AUGUACCCUGGUGUCUGCGACGAGAUCGAGAAUUAUGCUGUACAUCGCAAUGUUACAGCUCAAGACCAUCCCGCGAUCCUGAGGCCGUUUCUGCCUGAGCUCGCUGCAUUUACAAGGCACAACCACGACAAUGUGCUGCAAUCUGUACUUCGGCUGCUUUCCUUGAGCUUGGAGCUACCUGAAGAUACACUGACCAAACUGCACGAUUUCGAAGCAGCUGGUCAGUCAGCAAUUAGCUUCAUUAAAUAUCACCCUAGGGGAGAGUGCGACGCCCCAGAGGGCAAUAAUGUCUGGCUCAAGGGACACACAGACAUCGGAACUGUGACAAUUCUCUAUAGCCAGCCUAUCGGAGGGCUUCAGAUCUUGUCCAAAGAUAACAAGUGGCGAUGGAUCAAACACAUAGACAAUGCGCUCGUCAUCAAUGUCGGUGACGGAAUUGAGUAUCUCUCGGGUGGGUACUAUCCUGCGACUAGACAUAGGGUAAUUCAACCCCCAGUUGAUCAACGAAAUAUCCCACGCCUUGGGGUAUUCUAUUUCGCUAUGGCAAACGACAGCGUUAGGCUAUCGCCUCUAGACCAUAGCCCUCUAUUACAAAAGAAAGGCAUCAAAAAGUAUUUUGAAGCGAACAUGGUUCCCACAAUGGAGGAAUGGCGAAGAGAAAGGACCUCUCGGUACGGAAGGAGCGAACUCAAGCCCAGUGCCACCGAGGAGAGAGUUGAAGAGGAAAGGAUUCGUGGAACUGUUAUUAAGCAUUUCAACUAA